GGCUGGUUGUUGACUGGGGAGAGAGAUCAGAGAAGAAAUGGCUAUGGCUACUUCGACUCAGCUAUCUUCUUCUUUGUUUCACUCUCAAAUUACCAAAAAGCCCUUCCUUCUACCACCGGCGGCAGCGACGAUCAGCGUUCAUGGGUUCACCACACGGAGUGGAAAGUCUCUCUCUUUAUCCUAUCGUUCUUCAGUCUCAGCUUCCUCUGCUUCUUCGACCGUCGAAGUCAAUGAAACAGUGAAGAAAUCAACAAGAACACUUCCGUUUCGAGUGGGUCACGGGUUCGAUCUGCAUCGGUUGGAGCCAGGGUACCCUCUAAUCAUCGGAGGGAUUGAUAUCCCUCACGAUAGAGGCUGCGAAGCUCACUCCGAUGGGGAUGUGUUGCUACAUUGUGUGGUGGAUGCUAUCUUGGGAGCUUUAGGGCUUCCUGAUAUAGGUCAGAUUUUCCCUGAUUCUGAUCCUAAGUGGAAAGGAGCUGCAUCCUCUGUCUUCAUCCAAGAAGCUGUGAGACUCAUGGAUGAGGCAGGGUACGAGAUAGGAAACCUAGACGCCACAUUGAUUCUACAGAGACCGAAGAUAAGUCCACACAAAGAGACAAUCAGAUCCAAUCUGUCCAAGCUUCUUGGUGCAGACCCUUCUGUUGUAAACUUAAAAGCUAAAACCCAUGAGAAAGUUGAUAGCCUUGGAGAGAACAGAAGCAUUGCAGCUCACACUGUUAUUCUUCUCAUGAAGAAGUGACUCGGUUUUAUCAUAUUCUUUAUGUGUAUCAGUGUACGUUAUAUGUAAAUUUAAACUCAGUGUAACAUCCCCUAUCCCCUAUGUAUUAAAAAGAAAAGAUAAGUAUUACAACAUUUUAUGUAUGACAUGUGUCAUCACUAUAAUGUUUCUCAAACUCUCUAGAAAAAAUGUUGAUCCAUAUA